AUGGACGCUCUAAUAUCGUCAGCUGUCGAAGAAAUUUGUUACCGAGGCGAAGCCGGCGUCGCACUUCCCUCCCUCUGGGGCAAACUAACCCCGCCGCCGUCUCCUUCCCUGAAAGCCUCUCUGUGGAGCAAUCUGCUCUUGAUUCCCACCUUGCAGUUCUCCGCGGGAGGAAAGGAGAAGCCGCUGAGCCCAGAGGAUCCCAAAAUCCAGCGGGUAGAGGAUGCUGAGAAGCUCAAACUGAAGAUCGUAGCUAAGGAGCAUCUUAGGGAUUGCUUCGUUGGACUGUACGAUGUUCCUUCGACUGGAGUUAACCCUCGUGAACGACGGGCUCUUGAGCGAAUCGCCAUUGCUAGAGAAGAUGGUAUCACACAAAGCCAACUAGCCAAAGAAUUUAACAUGGAAGGGAAGAACUUUUUUUACAUUGUGAAAAAUCUCGAGAGUCGAAAUUUGAUUGUGAGGCAACCGGCAAUCGUGAAGACCAAGGAAGCUGGGGGUGCCGGAGAAACCAAAAGUGCGGUCAGUACAAAUUUGAUGUACUUGUCUCGUUAUGCAACGCAUUUAGGCGUUCAGCAGAGAUUCGAAAUCAACAAAGAAGAAAGAGAUCUUGGUGAUGCAGAAGAAGCUGAUGUCAAUGAGGACGGUUAUGCUGGAGAUGGCUUGAAGGAUGAUGUCCUAGUGAAGGACAACUUACCUGCAAUGCGAGCCAUUUGUGAUAAACUGGAUGGUGCCAAUGGCAAUGUGCUUGUUAUCUCAGAUGUUAAAAGGAAUCUGGGUUACUGUGGACGCACUGGGCACAGAGCUUGGAGGCAUAUAUUUCAAAAGCUGAAGGAAGCUGGUCUCGUUGAGGAGUUUGAUGCGAAAGUAAAUGAUAAGGUUGAGCGUUGCAUACAUCUGUUGAAGAAGUUUUCGCCAAAGAUCUUCGAGACCAAACCACUUGCAGGUAGUCAUGGAUGUGAUGAAAAUGGACAGAUGAAGUUUGGGAGGAGGCCUAAAAUAAAUGAACAAGUUCUAGAACUCCCCAUUAACCAGCAAAUAUAUGAUAUGGUUGAUGGGAAAGGAACUGAAGGGGUUACAGGUAUAGAGGUGUGUUCGAGACUUGGCCUUGAUAAGAAAAAAACCUAUGAGAGGUUUCGUGAUCUGGUCGAUAGGUUUGGGAUGCAUAUUGAGGCAGAAAGCCACAAAAAAACCGCUAUAUAUAGGUAUUGGACUUCUGCUAAUUAUAACAAGCGAGCAUCAAUUGCUGGUAUUGGUAAAUCAGAAACUCCUUCCAGAGUGGCAGCAUCAGCAUUUGAAGCUGUCUGCCUUGAUGUUCCUAACCAAUCUACUGAAAUAUCUUCAAUGAAUAACCAUUUGAUUUCUAGAGGUGAUCGAGUUCACCAGAGAAAUUUAAAUGAGGGAGGAAUAGAUACAGAAACUUCCAAGUGUUUUGAGGAUGAUGCUAACGUGGACUCUGGCCAAGUGCCAGGCACUGACCAUGUAUCAAAAGGAGCAGCAUCUAGUCGAGGACUUGAUAUGGUUUGUGUAGAUAUCGAAUCAAAUGGUGUUUCAUCAGAAACAUCCCAGAUUACUUUGCUGAAGCAACCUUCUUCACAUCAAACACCCUUAACUUCAGAUAGUGCACUCCGGGAGCAGCGUGUACUGGAGCGCUUGCAGGAUGAGAAAAUUGUUCUUAGAGUUGUGCUGCACAAAUGGCUUGUAAGUCUUGAGAAGGAUAAGAGAAAAGGAUCUAUCAUGGACAGGCGGACUGUUGAUCGCAUUCUGAACAAGCUCCAGGAAGAAGGGCAUUGCAGAUGUGUGACCUUUUAUGUACCUUCUGUUUCGAACUGUGGCCGUAGCCGUAUGGCUCAUGUCAUUCUGCAUUCAUCCAUUGAAAGUGUUCUUCCCGAGCAAGUAUAUGAUAAAUUUCGGGAAUUUGAAAAGCUGUCUCGUCAGGGAUCAGCCAGGUGCAGGGCUAAUGAUUCAGUUCCGGUAUUAAGUGGUGUCACUAGAAGUCAGAUACCAGCAGAUUCAGAUGACCAAGCAUCUAGAUCAGGAGCAAUGCGGACCAACGGGUUUGUCUUGGCAAAAAUGGUCCGAGCUAAGCUUUUGCAUACGUUUUUCUGGGAUUUCUUGAGUGCUUCAGAUGGAUGGGAUGAUAUUCUAUCAUCUGGUUUCAAGUUGUUUUCACUACAAGCAGCUGUGAAGGCCAUUCCACUUGAGCUGUUCUUGCAAGUGGCUGGGUCUACUCAAAAGAUUGAUAACUUGGUUGAGAAGUGCAAGCUGGGUUUGCGUCUCAGUGAUCUUCCUGCAGAAGAAUACAGAUCCUUGAUGGAUACUCUGGCAACUGGUAGGCUUUCACUGGUCAUUGAUGUAUUGAGGCGAUUGAAGCUCAUUCGACUUAUACCUGUUGAGCAUUCAGAGGAUGGCAGCAUGCUUCCACAUGCAAUGUUCACCGAUGCAAUGGAAUUUAAACCUUACAUAGAAGAACCACCACCAAUAGUUGCAAGGUCUCUUGAUCUUCGCCCAAGAUAUCGGCAUGAUUUUGUCCUGUCAAAUAGAGAAGCUGUUGAGGACUAUUGGAAGACAUUGGAGUUUUGUUAUGCUGCUGCUGAUCCAAACGCUGCUUUUCAUGCAUUCCCUGGAUCUGCUGUUCCUGAGGUUUUCUCGCAGCGUUCAUGGACAUCUACCCGGGUUAUGUCUGCUGAGCAGCGCGCAGAGCUGUUAAAAAGAAUUGUGAAUGACAGCACAAAGCAAAAAAUACGUUAUAAAGAGUGUGAAACGAUUGCAAUGGAUUUGAAUCUGACCUUACAGCAGGUGCUUCAUUUCUAUUAUGAUAAGCAUCAUAGAGUUCUGGAAACGAAAGGUAAGUCCAACUGCGAGGAUGCUGGGCCAUCAGAUAACAAAAAGAAAUCCCGAAAACGAAAGAAAUCAUUGCAAAAAAAUUCACGAAAGAAAGGUCGACCUGCAGACGAAGAGUUAGUUGAACCAGAGCUUGGUGAACUAUCUGAUGGUGUUGGUCAUGACAUGGAAGGGCAAAGUCCUUUGCCCGCAACAGAGCAUGAUCAUAAUUUGGCAGCAGAUCAAGCACAUGCCCCUGCAGAAAAUGUCAUCAAUACAGCUAAUGGAGAAAGCAGUAAAUUGAGUGAGUAUGCACUUUCCAAGAUAAUGCCAAGACGUGAGCAGCAGAGGUUCUCAUGGUCAGAUGAUGCUGAUAGGCAGUUGAUUAUCCAGUAUGCUAGACAUCGUUCUAUUCUCGGGGCGAGGUUCCAUCGUGUGGAUUGGAAUCAAAUUCCUGGCCUACCUGGACCUCCUAAAACGUGCGCAAGAAGAAUGGCGACCCUCAAAAGAAACAAGAGUUUGAGAAAAGCCUUGAUGAAGCUGUGUAACAUACUUAGUGAGCGUUAUGUGAAGCACUUGGAGAAAAACCAGGGUGCUUUUGCGAAUGGUCAUUUGACCAGAGUUCUCCAUCGUCACUCGACAGUGGGAGGUUUUGAUGGAGGACAGCCUGCCGGUGUCAGCAAUAUGGAUGCAGCAGGUUCCAAUGAAGAACAAUGGGAUGAUUUCAGUGAGCAAAAUAUUAAGGAAGCCUUUGACGACGUUAUCCUAUAUAAGCAAGUGACUCCCAAAGCUUCUAAGGGUGCUGAGGAAUGGUCCAAUUUAAAAGGAGAUAGUGAAGGAUGUAAUGUUCGAGAAUUUGGACCAUUUUCACCAAGCACUCCUAGUGGCAAUCUUCAAAACCUUGGGCAUGGUAAACGCAGUGAAUCUAGAAAAAGACUAAAACACCAUAAGCUUCAAGAGAAGUUUAUGAAGUGUCUAAAUGAGAGCUCGGGUGUCGAUAUACAGCUGUCUAAGUCUGUUGCUAUUUCUAAUGCUGUGGAGUUGCUGAAGCUGGUAUUCUUGAGUUCCUCAACAUUGCCAGAUCUUCAGAGCAUGCUGGGAGAGACUUUACGGCAUUAUUCAGAACAUGAUCUUUUUGCUGCCUUUAGCUAUCUCAGGGCGAACAAAAUACUGAUUGGGGGCAAUGGUGGUCCCUUUGUGCUGUCUCAACAGUUUCUGCACAAUAUUUCCAAAUCUCCAUUUCCUUCCAAUACUGGAAAAAUGGCAGCUAGAUUCUCUAACUGGCUUCGUGAAGCAAAAGAUCACCUAAUAGGAGGAGGCAUUGCUCUGAAAGACGAUUUGCAGUGUGGUGACAUUCUUCACUUGUUUGCUCUAGUUUCUUCUGGUGAAAUGGCAGUCUCUCCAUGCGUGCCAGACGGUGAUCUGGGAGAGGCUGAUGCCCCAAGAAGCUCCAAACGGAAAAUUGAUGAUGAUGAUGAACCUUGCGAUGGUGAGAAGUCCAAGAAAUUGAUAUCCAUGCGAGACAGUGAACUCUUCUCUCGACGGGAAAAAGGGUUUCCCGGUCUAAGAGUAUCCAUUCGUUGUGCCACAAUCUUGCCAGACAAUGUUUUGGAACCUCUAGAUGAUCGUGAAAAUGGCACAGAUAGUUCCCAGAAGGAUAUAAUGGAUAUUGACAGCAUUACUCCUUCAGCAAGAUUAUCUGGUAAGUCUUCCUGGGAAGCUAUGACAGGCUAUGCUAGUUAUCUCCAUGGGAAUGCUUACAGCCCAACAGAAGGAAGUUUCUUUAGUGCUGAGGUCUUCCGGGCUUCCUACAAGGCUAUUCAUAAUGCUGGUGAUCAAGGCUUGAGUAUUGAGGAAGUUUCCAAGAUUCUCGCUAUGCCAGGAGAAGAUAUGGGUGAAUGCGUUGUCGAUGUGCUCCAGACGUUUGGAAGAGUGUUAAAGAUCAAUGCUUUUGACUCGGUUCGUGUCGUUGAUGCUUUGUAUCGGUCCAAGUACUGUUUGACCUUGAAGGCUACUUUGGAUGGCGAACCUAAACCACCUGCAGCCCCAGAGUCGUCAGGGAGAAGUGAUGAUAGCGACCGUGUGGUCCAACCCGAAACCAAUGAUGAUGUUGAUCCUAAACUCCAAGCUACAAUGGAACCAGCAUCAAUCAAGGGCGAUAAUGAUGUGCAUAGAGUUACUAUUCUUAAUCUCCCAGAUGGUGCUGUGCCUCUCAUUGAACCACAAAGUAGCGCUUCGCCGAAAAGUGAUCCUCAAGACCCAGAUGACGUAGUGGAUUUCCCUGAGCAUCGUAUUGAUGGUAAAACUUCUGUUCCGUUACUUCCCUGGAUUAAUGGAGAUGGUAGCACGAACAAAGUUGUCUAUAGGGGACUCAUCCGUCGUGCUCUUGGAACUGUGAUGCAAAAUCCUGGGAUAGUUGAGGAGGACAUUAUCAAACGAAUGGAUGUGCUAAAUCCGCAGAGUUGCAGAAGAUUGCUGGAGUUGAUGAUCUUGGACGGUCACCUCAAUGUGAGAAAGAUGCAUCAAUCAACAGCAAAUGCGCCUCCUGCUCUAUUGGGAAGCUUGCUUCGGAACAACCUCAGCAAGCCAAAAUCCGUUUACAGAAACCAUUUCUUUGCCAACCCGAAGAGCGCAUCCUUGCUGUAA